AUGCAAUCGAUAAAGUGCGUCGUCGUCGGUGAUGGGGCUGUCGGUAAAACCUGUCUACUGAUCAGCUAUACUACAAAUGCGUUCCCCGGAGAGUAUAUCCCAACUGUAUUUGAUAAUUAUUCAGCGAAUGUUUUGGUUGAUGGAAAGCCUGUUAAUUUGGGACUAUGGGAUACAGCAGGACAAGAAGAUUAUGAUCGUCUGCGACCCUUAUCGUAUCCGCAGACGAACGUUUUUCUCAUUUGCUUUUCACUUAUAAGCCCUUCUUCUUAUGAAAAUGUUCGAGCAAAGUGGUAUCCUGAAGUUCGGCAUCAUUGUCCAGAUGUUCCAAUAAUUUUAGUUGGAACUAAAUUAGAUUUACGUGAUCACAAGGAAACUGUGGAAAAAUUGAAAGAAAAAAAUGGUGUCCCUAUAAGUUACCAAUCUGGUUUACAAAUGAGUAAAGAAAUUGGCGCUGUCAAGUAUUUAGAAUGCUCUGCACUGACACAACACGGUCUAAAAGUGGUUUUUGAUGAAGCUAUACGAGCCGUUCUUUUCCCCCAGAAGAAAGGACCCAAGAAGUCUGGACGCUGUCUACUCUUGUAG